AUGAACGGAAACUUUGGGCAGUACAUCAACAACUGCGAUAACUUAGAUGAGCAAAUCAGUGUCACCGAUUUCAUCAAGACUCUCAAGAAAGUAGAGUCAUCGGACACUCUGAAUGGUCGUGACAGUACCUCAUCGAGUUCAUCAACUGAUAAGCUGGCCAAGUUGCCAGAAGACGGGCGUAAGGUUGACAAGAAAGGAAGUGCCAAUGAUUUGCUUCAAAACAUGAGAAAGCGAUUCGUCCAUCGGGCCACCGAACCGAUCUUCCACGCCUUGCCAGAGGCGCAGGAGCGACGGGUCGUCAGCGGACGGGACGGUUCCUCCUCCUCUUCCAAGAACUUCGGCCUCAGCCGGGAGCCGAAAAGCGUCGAAGGAGGAUGCGACGACAUCGUAAAGCUUCCAAGCUUCGACACUUCCCUCGACAGGAAAACUGACUCUGAACCGACGUUAUCCAAAUCGCGCAACAAAUAUAAUGUUUCAUGA